CCGUGGUUGGCUGCGGGUGCGGGAGCAGAGGCCCCGCUGCACCCGGAAGCGGUGGCUGCUCCGGGGUCGGGUCCGGUGGGCGUCCGGGCGCCCGGCUCCGCCAUGACCAACGAGCUGGACAUCUUCGUGGGGAACACGACCCUCAUCGACGAGGAUGUGUACCGGCUCUGGCUGGACGGAUACUCAGUGAGCGAUGCGGUCGGGCUGCGGGUGCGCUCGGGCAUCCUGGAGCAGACGGGGGCCACGGCGGGCGUGCUGCAGAGCGACACCAUGGACCACUACCGCACCUUCCACAUGCUCGAGCGCCUGCUGCAUACGCCGCCCAAGCUGCUGCACCAGCUGGUCUUCCAGAUCCCGCCGUCCAGGCAGGCCCUGCUCAUCGAGAGGUACUACGCCUUUGACGAGGCCUUUGUCCGGGAGGUGCUGGGAAAGAAGCUGUCCAAAGGCACCAAGAAGGACUUGGAUGACAUCAGCACCAAGACGGGGGUGACCCUCAAGAGCUGCCGGAGACAGUUUGACAACUUCAAGAGGGUCUUCAAGGUGGUGGAGGAGAUGCGGGGCUCCCUGGCUGGCAACAUUCAGCAGCAUUUCCUUCUCUCUGACCGGCUGGCCAGGGACUAUGCUGCUGUUGUCUUCUUCGCUAACAACCGCUUUGAGACGGGCAAGAAGAAGCUGCAGUAUUUGACUUUUGGGGACUUGGCCUUCUGUGCUGAGCUCAUGAUUCAGAACUGGACACCUGGCGCUGUGGACUCUCAGGUGGAUGACAUGGACGUAGACCUGGACAAGGAAUUUCUCCAGGACCUGAAGGAGCUCAAGGUGCUGGUGGCCGACAAGGACCUUCUCGAUCUGCACAAGAGCUUGGUGUGUACAGCUCUCAGAGGGAAACUUAGCGUCUUUCCAGAGAUGGAAGCCAACUUCAAGAACCUGUCCCGAGGGCUGGUCAACAUUGCCUCCAAGCUAACCCACACCAAGGAUGUGCGGGACCUGUUUGUGGACCUCGUUGAAAAGUUUAUAGAACCAUGCCGCUCCGACCGGUGGCCACUGAAUGACGUCCGGCUCUUUCUGAACCAGUAUUCAGCUUCGGUCCACUCUCUGGAUGGCUUUCGGCACCAGGCCCUCUGGGAUCGUUACAUGGUGACCCUUCGAAGCUGCCUCCUGCGCAUGUACCAUGACUGAGGGGCCCCACGGCCGCCCUGCAGGACAGCACAGCACUUGUCUCUAGGCCCAGGGCUCCUGCUCAGCAGUUCCUCACCUGGGCCCUUCCUGCCCUGCGCAUGGGAGAGGGUGGAGGGUGAACCUGGGCCCAGAGAGGGCAGCUCAGCCCCUGACGCCAGCCCCGUACCUGCCUAUCAUCUCCCCUGUUGGCAAGUGGGAGCCCAGACCGAGGGAAGGGAACUUAACUUGACCUCAGGCCCAGGAUACCUGCUCCCAAGUCCCUCGAUGCAGGCCCAUCCUGCCCUGGGGAUGGGGGGCUCAGUCCCUGACCCCACUGCUCACCACCUUCCAGGACCCUAUGAGCCAAAGCCCCUUUUUGUGCUGAUAAUAAAUUGGCAGCCCUGGGGUGA